AUGCACCGGGUGUUGGUCGAUAAUGGCAGUUCAGUAGAUAUUUUAUACUACUCAGCGUUCCAGCAGAUGAGGAUUGACAGGGAGCGAUUGUUUCCAACAAAUGCCCCGCUCGUUGGCUUCGGAGGGAGCCGGGUAUUCCCCCUGGGCGCGGUCACAUUGUCAGUGAUAGUAGGCGAUUACCCUCAGCAGAUAAUCAAGGACGUGACAUUCUUGGUGGUCAAUUGCUCGUCUGCCUACAACACUAUCCUCGGACGACCCACGCUCAAUUCAUGGAAGGCAGAAACUUCCACCUACCAUUUGAUGAUUAAGUUCCUGACUAACUACGGAGUAGGGGAGCUGCGCGGAAGUCAGAUGGCCGCGUGCGAAUGCUAUGUAGCCAUGAUGGAAAUGAAGGAUCAGGUUCAGACUUUAAGCAUAGAAGAGCACCGGACGGUAACGGAGCUAGUAGAGAAGUUAGAAGAGAUAUCCCUUGACAGUUUCGAUCUUGGCCGAACGACCAAAAUUGGAACACUCACUAACCCCGCGAUCCGUCAGGAGCUCAUAACCUUCCUUAGAGGCAAUCGAGACGUAUUCACCUGGGGUCAUGAAGAUAUGCUAGGAAUAGACCUUUUAGUCAUGGUGCACAGGUUGAACGUAUCGCCCGCCUUUCCACCUAUCCGACAAAAGAAGAGAGUGUUCGCCCCCAAACGAGACCGAGCCAUAGCAGAAGAAGUCCGAAAGCUACAGAAAGCGAGCUUCAUUAGGGAAGUAUACUAUCCCGACUGGCUAGCGAACUUGAGGGGGAUCGAGGCAAACCCGGACAAGAUCCGGGCCAUUAUGGAGAUGGCGCCACCAAGGAAUGUGAAGGAGGUGCAAAGCCUGAACGGAAAAAUAGCGGCACUAAAUAGGUUCGUGUCAAGGGCGACGGACAAGUGUUUGCCCUUCUUCCGAAUGCUGAAGAGAUCAUUCGAGUGGACCUUCGAAUGCCAGCAAGCGUUCAAGGAGUUGAAGGCUUAUCUCUCCUCCCCACCACUGCUGAGCUCGUCAAAGCCAGGAGAAGAGCUUUUUCUCUAUCUAGCCGUCUCCCUCGUAGCCGUUAGUGCUGCCUUAGUCAGAGAAGAAGAGAAAGUACAAAAGCCCAUAUACUACACAAGCAGAGCGCUUCGCGGUGCUGAAGAAAGAUACUCGCCCAUGGAGAAACUUGCCUUUGCAUUAGUUACGGCGGCCCGCAAGCUCAAACCGUACUUUCAAGCCCAUACGGUGAACGUCCUGACUGAUAAGCCCUUACGACGAGCGAUGAGCAAUCUUGAGGCUAUUGGUCGAUUGGCAUUAUGGGCUAUAGAACUAAGUGAAUUCGAUAUCCAGUACCGCCCAUGUACCACUAUCAAGGGACAGAUCGUCGCAGAUUUUCAUAGCCAAAUUCACUCAUGA